AUGAAAAACAAUAACCUGAUAAAUGAUGGGCAGUCAAUGUUCUGUUAUCAAUCGAAAUUGAUUCAAAUUUACUUAAGAAAUAUAGCACUUAAAAAUUCAUUUAAAACAGUUCACGUAGGAGUAAAUGGAGUAAAGAAAUCAAUUCUCUUGAUUUAACUUAAUGCAAAAAAGGUAUAGUUAAAAGAUUUUCUGUGUUCCAAAAAAAGAUAAAUAUUAUUACAUAAAGUUAGAGAGGUAGCUUUUGUUAAAAAAAGAAGCACAAAAAGAUUGAGAGAAAAAAUAAUCUAUGGUUUGGAUCGAAAGAAAAUGUAAUAAUUAUGA